AUGUCUCUCCUACGUGAUAUCGUCAAGAAACGAAAAGACGCCAGUAAACGCAGCGAUGCGGCUUCUGUAAAGUCAACAGGCGCUCGUUCUGUUGUUGCAUCUCUCUACUCGCUCGCGAUCGGUGGACAACGCGUAAAGAAGCGCAGAAGACCUGAUUUCUCGACGUUGGGAGCGCCAGAAUGGUAUUCGGAGGACGGCAACCCACGUUUACCUUCGGACAUGCCUGGGACGACCACAAGAACAGACUUGCCGGCCUACACAAUAGCUCAUGGAACAGUUCUGGCUCUUCGCAUUGAAGACAAGAAUCAUUGGUUAUCAUUGGUCUUGUACAGUCACGCCAAGGAGUCCUCACUGGCAGCAAUGUACCACAACGCAGCCAAAAUUUGUGGAGAGGUCCGAGUUUGUCUGGAGAAAACAAAGAAUAUUUCCAGUAUUGAAGUCUGGAUGAGUGCUGUCGCGCCUGCCGGUGAGCUGAUAAGCCUAACCGCAACUGUAUGGAAUCGUUCUAUGGGAGACCCGCGACAUCCACAAGGGGCAAAAGUAGCAUUCAAGGACAAGUUUCCUAUGGGCACCUUCGUCUUUCCAUUUGAACUACCACCGCUCCCCAAAUUUGUGCCCGUGGCUCAUCCAGAUAGUAGCGACAAUCGAAAGGGAUUCGUCCCUUUGCCUCGUAGCUUCUGGAAAGAUAAGGUUUACGGUGACGCAUUUUACCAAACAACAAGCAUUGACUCUGACAACUAUUGGUUUCUACAUCAGUGCGGCGUUGGGAUACGACGAGACUCGGUCGCAGGAAUCGACGAAGAUAUGGACAUGAUUCUACAGUACAUUCCGCUUGCCCCUCCGCUUCCUCGCAAAUCUGUUCCGUUUCCUUUUCUCGCAUCCCGUGAGGAUUGGCCAUUCAAACGCGAAACUCUGGGUGGAUGGGUGCUGACUCCGUUCGGUGGUCGCGGGCGGAUUGGGUUGGAAAUGGUCGAAGUCGAGGGUCUGCUCGGGAUCCAGGAUCCGUCCAUUGUCACCGCUGGCCAUAAACUCGAGUUUGUGGUCAUUUUGUGGUCCAAGAGCGCCGAUGCCUUACAGCUGCUCGGUCAGCCGGCAGCCAUUAACGUAUCCUACUGCAUGGCCGAUUUCAUGCCUUCUUCAGAGGCGUUGCGCCCACGUGAGCAGAGUCGGACAACGCGGAAAAUCGAGCAAAUGUGCCGAGGGCGAAUUUGGUCAACAGACACAGGUCGUCCGUCGGAAGGCGCUCCAGAACUAGCGCUUGUAUCUCCAGAACACAUACUUCAGAAAAUGUCUGCUUCCCGCGCUACCCCUCUAAAACCUCCCGCUCCAUCUCGAAUGCAAAGUACAUGGUCGGCCGAUGAUCAGGACGAAGACGAUGGAAAAGAGGUCGAAGACAUUGUUCAAGGUGAUCUGGAGGAUUCUUCGGAGCAUUUUGUCCGUUUGGAAGGAGAGAUAGUCGUGCCGCCAUGUCGUCCAGUGAGUUAUCGAUAUACCGAGAUUGGUCGCGAGUACACCCUCGAGCUUCAAUUUGCUCAUCAUCUAUAUUCACAUAUCUCGCCGACUGGGCCAGGCCUGUUAGCAGAGGUACCCGUGUGGUACGUUGCAGACCGCCCCUUGCGUGGUGGACCGGCAACUCUCAAUGAUGACCCGACAUAUCUCGAAUCACUGCCGCUCAAUGGUGCCACAAUCCCCAUACCUUCCGAUGCCAUUCGGUGGCCUAAAGUGAUAGGCAAACACGCUGUUUCUAGCAGAGGCGGGCUUGCAAAGCUGGGGCAGUCCUUCUUGGGUUUGGUUCCACCAAAGAGUCAGCAACAUGCUGAUCCAUGA